AUGAUUUAAAUAAUAAAGUUUUUUUAAUUAUCAUUUCUUAGUUAUCAUACAACAUUUUUCUUUUAAUAUUUUUACAUUUCAAAACUAAAUGUUGGUGUUUUAAAUACUAUUUCUAAUUUUGAUGUGAGAAUUAAAAAUAUUCUUAGCUUUGAAGUAAAUACUAAUGAUUGUGAGAACAAAUUUUAAAUAUUAGAGGGUGAUGUUGAGUAUACGGAUAAUUAUAUUGAUAUAACCAAUUAUUAAGCUUAAGAGGCUUAUUCUUAUUCUUUUUGGAUAAAGUAUGCUAUUCUUGAUCCAAAAUAUAAAAAUAAUCAACCAAAUGAUGGCUAAAAUUGGUGUAGUGGAUUUUAUUAUAUCAUUUGGUCAUAAGUCAUUGAGUAUGAUUUUUAUAAGACUUCAUUGUUAAUGUUAAAUAUUUAGAGAGAUAUUUGUGAAUUCAAGUUUUAUUAUAGUGAAAUUGAUGCUGACAUGCCAAUAGAGGUAACAAUUUAAUAAGAUGCAUAAAAACUUGAUAAUUAAUGGAUAUAUUUUAUGAUAUCAUAUUAUCCUAAUGAAAAAAAUGUAGUUGUAUAGAAAGAUUCUGAUAUUACAAUUCUAAAUGUUCAAUCUAUUUAUUAAGGAAAUGUUUAAACUACUUUGGGGAAUGAUAAUUUUGUAUUUUUAAUUAUUUAUUAUUAGAUUGUAAUUGCCAAUAGAUUUUUUUGGGUCAAACUAAUUCCUGGGUUAUUGACAAAUUAAAUAUAUUAUGAGAAGCUAAAAACAUAAAAUGACUUUUAUUACAGUGGUUUUAUAAAUUGUAAGCCUUAAGAUGAUAGCUAACCUAUAACUAAAAUAUAUGUAGAUGGAUUAUAAUAAUUUAAUUCAGGACUUGUAAUUGUGGAUAAAUUUUUAAGGGUUGGUUAAAAAUAUAUGAUUCAUAGUUGGGUGAAGUUGAAUCUUGAUUUAGUAACGAUUACAAAUCCAUUAUCUUAAUUACUUAUGAGAAUUACAAUAAAUUCAUAUUAUAAUGAUUAUAAAUUUGAAGGAGACAGAACAUUUUAUUAUAGAUAUAACAUUUACAAAUAGGAAAUAUAAAAUUCAAAUGUAUAUGUUGAAACAUCACAUUAUAAAAUACCAUUAUAGUGUUAUAAAUUUAAUGAAAUAUAUGGUGAAAUUGACGAUUUUGAGAAAUGGUUAUUUGAAGAUGAACAACUUUAUAAUUUGGUUCAAGAUUGGCACUUUUUUAUUUUUGAACAUGUAGGACAAGAAAGUUUAGAAGAGAGUUCUUGCUUCUAUUUAUAUUUUAAAAAUAGUCUUUAACCUAUAAAACAUUGUUUUGGUAGUGCAAAUCAAAGAAGUCAAUAUUCAAAUGGAUACUAUUAUGUAUAUAUUGGAUAGGAUGAUUUUAUCAAUAAGAAAUUAGUUGGUUCUAUAUCAGAUUUGACUAUUAAGUACAAUUAUAAUGAAAUAUAAGAAAUAAAAAUAAGUAUAAAUAUACAUAAAUUUUAGUUUGUCAUUUCACAUGUUCAACAUGUGAUGGUCCAACAGCUAAUGAUUGUCUAAGUUGUGAAAGUUAAUAUAAUAGAAUCUUUGAUGAUAUAAAUAGAUCAUGUGUCUGUUUAAAAAAUCAUAUGCAGGUUGAAAAGAAUAAAAGUUGUCAAUCAAUUUAGACUAUUUUCCCUUUUUCUGAAGAAAAUUAAAUAUCAACAAUUAAUUAAGAAGAAUGUGAUUUUGGUUAUUUUAAAAUCCCUAAAGAUGAUGGAUUUAUUUGUAAAAAAUGGUAAUUAUAAUAUAUGUAAUUUAGUCCCUUUGAAAUUAUAAAUCAUAUUCAUUGUUUAGAUUGUUAUGAAUAUCCAAAUCAUUGGUAUUUAAAUACAAUAUGUACUACUGAUUUUUUUCAGCAAGACAGAACUUAGGAUCAAGGCUACAUAUUGAAUGAAAGAAGUGAAAAUGAAUAUGAAGUCUUUUUACUUGAUAUUGAAGAUAAUCUUAAUUAUUUCUAGUAGUAUCAAUAUAUUUGUAGUGAAUCUGAUAUUAGAUUAGGAUUAAGGAAUUGUGUUCAAAUAAAUAUUGCUAAUUUAAAGUAAGAAACAUUUGUUGAGUGCACUUCAAAUUAUUAUUAUGAAAAUGGAGAUUGUAUUUAAUGUUAAACUAAUUGUUUAAAAUGUAAAUCCAAAAAUGAAUGUGAUAUUUGUAUUUAAUAACAUUAUGUAAAAAAAGAAGAUUGUAUUAAAUGCCCUCUAAAUUGUAAUUCAUGUUAUUAUGAUGAAUUAUUGUAAGAUGUUCAAUGUUAAUCUUGCAUAUUGUAUAAAUUUAUUUAUAAUUAAGAAAAUUUACAUUAUUCAAAGGAAUUUGUUAAUAAUGUGGAAAUUAUUGUUAGACUUGUAUAGAAGACUUUGAUAUAAAUACACAAUAAUAUUUUAAUAGAUGUUUAUAAUGUAUAGAUUCUUCAAAAUAUUAUAUUUCAAUAACAGGAGGAUAUUGUUUAGAAAAUACAAUUGAAAAUUGUUUAUAUGCUUAUGAAUACAUUUAAAUAGAUGAUAUAAUAAUUAAUACACUAGAUUAUAAGUUUUAAACUGUAUCUUAACACUAACCUAUCAUUAGUUGUGCCAGAUGCAAAGAUCAAUAUGGAGUUAACGAAAACAAUUUAUGUUAAGAUAUAGAUAAUUUUAAUUUUAAUAACUGCAUAUUUUCAGCUUAUCUUGAUACAACAUAAAGUUAUGUUUGUAUCAUUGGAUCUGAAAGUAAACAAUCAAAUUAAUGUUCUUUAACAUCUCUUUAUUGUUAGACAUGUUUAUAUUUGAAAUCUGCUUAAAAGAACUUUUGUAUUACUUGUUUGGAUGGAUAUUAUGCAGAUAGAUUAACAGGACUUUGUUUUUAAUGUCCAAAAUCCUUAUUUUGUAAUACAUGUUAUUAAUAAAUGAAAAUCAAUUAAGAUUAUUGGUUAAUUAAUAUAAUGAAUUAUUAUGAGACUAUUAUAAAUAAAGAUGGAUAACAUACAUUUCGACAUAAUGCUUAAAGUUAAAAUAAUUAAGAUUAUGAAGUAAUUUGUUCUUCAUGUAUUGAUUAAUAUUUACUUCUAAAUAAUUAAUGUAUCAAAUUAUGCCCAGAUGAUUGUGCCUAAUGUAUUUUAUAAGAUAAUUAAUUUGUUUGUCUUAAAUGUAUAUAUGAAAGUUAAGGUCGUAUGUUAUCUAUUUUUAAUAAUCAAUGUUAAAGAUGUCCUUAAAAUUGCAAGGUUUGUAGAAAUAGAUCUUAAAAUGAAAUUAAUGCUCUCAAUCCAUUUUUUUAAGAUGAAACUUAUAUUAUGUAUUCAAGGCAGUGUUUAAUACCUUCCAAUUAAAAAGUAGUUUAUAAUAAAGAAUUUGGUAUUUUUCAGGAAUGCAAUCUUUAAGGAUUUUGUGAAAAUCAUAUGUUAUUUUAAAUUAAUCUAUAUUGUGAUUUUGAGGAAUAUAAGAAUGCUGAAUAUUUAAAUCAAAAUAAUUUAUAAUUUUAAUAAGGGAAUAUGUAUUUAAAUGAUUUAUUUAAAAAUAACUUUACUAUCUUUUCUAAUAAUUUACUCUUUUAACAUGGAAAUUAAGCAUAAAUUUCAACUAUAACAUUUUAAAUAAAUAGUAGAAAAUCUUAAAAUUGUUUCUUAGGGGAAGAUUUCAUAAUAUCAUAAAAUCUAAAAUAGCAUAUCUUUACCUUAAAGUAUUAAUUUAAAUUAUUUUAGAACUGUAAAUAUUUAAAUAAUUGGUCACUCUCUCUUAACAUUUAGAUUAUCUAGUAAUCUGUAAUUUGUUAAUUUUGAAGAUAUACUACUUUAAAAUAUUAAGUUUGUUAUUGCUCCUAUUCUCAAUUAAUAACUGUAAAUUUCAACCUAAUCAAUAACUUAUCAAAAUAUCAAAUUUUUUAAUUUAACUUUUACUACAUUGGUUGGAACUUUUGGUUGUUCAAUUUAAAUAUAUAAUGCUUAUUAAUUACUCUUUCAAAAUAUUAUACUAUAAGAUUAUAAAUAAGGGGGAUCUAAUGGUUUUAUAGAUAUUUAUUCUUCUAAUCUAAAGGGUUAUACUUAAAUUUAGGAUUUUCACUUAAUUAAUACUGAUAUUCAAGAUUCUUAUUUAAUCUAAUUUUAAACUUUAAAAAAUCACAUAAUAGAAUUAUAAAAUCUAUUCAUUAAUAUUAAUUUAUAUAGAUCCUAAUUUAUUGUAUGUGCUUUGGCUUCUGGGUGUGGGGGAAUAAAGAUUUCAAAUUUAGAAUCUAGUUAAUCAUUAAGUAUAAACUCUCUAAUGUUUUCACUUGAAAAAUUUAGUGAGGCUGAAUUAAUUAAUCUGAAUUUCAAUAAUAUAGAAUUAGAAGAAUCUACCUUUAUCUAAUUUAUUCAAAAAUUUACUUUAACCAAUUUUACUUUUAGGGAUUCAAUAAUAAUCAAUAGUUUGUUAAUAAACAAUGAUCUAUUAACAAAUCUAUAAAAAUCUAUUUACACAUUUUCAAAUCUUUAACUUAUAUCGAAUUCAUACAAUAAGAAAUCGAAGUUCAUAACCAUAUAUCGAUAUGCUGCCUAAGAAUCAACAAUAAUAGUAUAAGAAGCCAGCUUCAUAAAAAAUAAAUUAUAAGAUAUGAUAACUUAAGAGAAUUUGAAAUAAUUUGAUUAAUCUCUAAUAGUCUUUUAAAGUGAUUAAAUUAAACUUGAAAACAUAAUAAUACAUCAAGGUAAUGGCUUACCUUUAAUUUCUUUUAUUAACUCUUAUCUUAUUGAAAUUAAUAAUUUAUACAUUACAACAAGUAAUUAAAUAAAAGAUUUAAUUUAAACUUAGGAGAUAAGUAUACUAUAAUUAGGAUUGAUUUUGUAAUUUUUUGCUAAUCAAAAAUUAGAAAUUAAUAAUAUGAUUGUUGAAUCAGUCUUAUUAAGUAACUACCCUUUAAUAAGUUAUGAAUCAAUUACAACUUCAAUAUCUGAUUAAAAUGAAUUAGUUGUAAUUAAAAAUUCAUCUUUUUUUUAAAAUAUUUUAGUAUUUGAUUCAACUAGGAACGUAGUUUGCCUAUUUCAAUUAGUAUCUGAAUAAAAUGUUACAUUAAGAUUUGAAAAUGUUAAUUUUCAAAAUAAUAUUUUAUAUCAUAAAAAUCAAGGUUAGAAGCAGAGAUCUGUAACUUUACUUUAUUAAGAUUGUUAAGCUUGUACAUAUUAUUUUAUAUCAAAUUAAUUUGUUUCCAAUCUUGCAAUAAAUGCAAGUGUUAGUAUCAUCUAUAUUAGAUCAAAAGAAGUAAAUAUACUUGGAUCUCUAUUUUCUUAAAAUGGUGUCUAUAAUACUGAAAUUAAUAAUUAAUUAAAAGUGCUUUCUGUAAAAGUAAAUGAUAAAAUGAUCAAUUAAAGAAGUGCGAAUGGAAUAUUUUAUUGUUCUCAUCUUAAAAUUUAUGAUACAUCAUUUGAAUUUUCAAAAGGUUCUUUGGCAAGUGGAUUUUAAUUUUUAUCAUCCUCAAUUGGGAAUUUAGAUGUAAAAAGGACAAUUUUUUAACAUAAUUAAAAUUUAUUCCUUGGUGAUAAUUCAUAAGGAGGAUCAAUCUACAUAGAAGGUAAUAGCAAUUAGUAUUAAAUUAAUCUUGAGAAUAAUAUAUUCAAAAACAUCUCCUCAGGAUAUGGAGGAGCUCUAUAAAUUUAAAAUAGCUUAGGUAGAUCGUUGAUAUCUAUGAAAAAUACAUAAAUUGAAGAUGUUAAUUCGUUAUAUGGUACUGUUGUUUAUGCUGUUUUCUCAUAGUAAAUUCAAAGUUAAUCAUUGAUAUCCAUUUCCGAUCUAAAAAUAAAUAAUAGUUUUUCCAGCUUUGCUAAAUUUCAAAAACAAAUAUUAGAAUCUAUAUCAAAUUAAGCAAUUGAUAAGCUUUUUCAAUAUAGGUCAAUGUUUUAUUCUUAAUAUGGAAAACUCUCUAUCUAUAAUAUGUAUAUAUUGCAAUCUCAUUAAGAAAUAAUCAUUAUAGAUUAUUUUAUCAAAGGACUUAUUCUUAAAUAAGUUGAUAUUAAAAAUACAAAUUAUUCUUAAUAUGGAUUAAUAUUUAUUUAUCCUAAUACUGGUAAUCAUAUUUAUAUGUAUUAUAGUUUAAAAAGUGGAAAUUUCAAUCAAGGAAUUAUCAAUAUCAGGAUCGUUAACAACUGAUUUAAAUAUCUUUUCUUAUGAUUUUAUUUUAGGUUUAAUUAAUAUAUUAAAUCUAAAUGAGUAACACUAUAUAAUCAUGGAUGAUAUUUAACUCUAAAAAAUUAAUUGUAGUUUUUGUCAAAAGGGAUUAAUAAAUAUUGAUGGUACAAUUACAUAACCUAAAUAAAUAAUGAUGAGGAAAAUAAAUAUAUAAAACAAUACAUGUGGUUUGAAGGGAUGUGUAAAUAUUUGGAAAGAGAAUCAGAUUUUAGAUGAUACAACUUAAAUAAAUUAAUCAACAAAAAGGUAGCUUUAGCCAAAGACUUUGAAUUUAGUUUUUCCUUAUUCAAUUGUAAUCGAAAAUUAUUUAUGUAAUGGAAAUAUAGCUAAUUUUGGAGUUUGCCUGAGGAAUAAAGAUUAUUCCAUUUUACUUGACUCUUCUUAAUUACUUAAUAAUAAGGCAACUAAUUAAGGAGGAGCGAUAGUAUUUUAAGGUAGCAAAGCAAUAUUUAAAAUAAUAAAUAGCAUAAUAGCAAAUAAUGUUGCCUCUGUUGCUGGAGGAAUUUAUUAUUCUGAAUCAUUUUCACAAAAUUAUUCCAAUCUCAACUCCUAUAUUUUUAAUAACAGCGCAAUAUAUUAUGGAAAUGAUACAAUUGAAUUACCAAAUUAAAUAAAAUUAACUAUUCACAAUUAUUCAUAUUCAAAUUAAAAAAUGUUCUUCAAAAAUGAAAUAGUGAUAGAUUAAGUAGUAAUUUCAAAUUUAUAUCAAAAUAACUAAUCUAGUGUUCUCUUACCAAGCGGAUAACUUAUAUAUUUAUAUUAAUAGUUUGAUUGGGAAAAUAAUAAUUAUAUUAUGAUGAAUUAUACUUUAAGAUUGAUUCCAUAUGAUUAAAGGAAUAAUAGAAUAAAAAAUUUAACAUCUAGUAAAUGUACUAUUAAAGGAAGAUUAUAUGAUUAUAAGAAAUUAGAAGAGAGUGAAUAAAAAACAUUUAGUAAUAAUUUCACAAAUUUAAAUGAAGUUGUUUAUGAUAAUUCUAUGGAAGAAUACAAUUUUGAUCAUUUGAUUAUAUAUUUUGAUCCUGAUUUACCUGAAAAUAUGGUUUUAUAAUUUGAAUUUAAAUGUGAUUCAAUUAGAAUACCAAUUUUAAAUGAGAAUUAAUAAAUAGAUACUAUAAUUAAAUAAUCAAAAGAAUAUUCUUUAAGAUUAAAUAUAAAAACAUUACCUUGUUAAAUUGGAGAAUUAAAAAGUGAAGAAGAUUUAUCUUGUCAUCCUUGUGAUUAUACUUAAGAUUAUUAUUCAGUUAAUUUCAAUUCAAAUAAAUGUAAAAUUAGAGAUAAUAUUUAAAUGGAAUAAGUUAAAUCAGCAUAAAUUAAAUUAAGACCAGUAAAUUAUAUAAUUUCAUUUUUUAUUAGAAUUAUUGGAGACCUUAUUUUUAUGCAGAUCUUAUAGAAUAUUGUUAUAAUUUUUAAUUGAAUUGUUUAGGUGGAUGGAAUUAUGGAGAUAUUUCAUGUUCUUUAGGUCAUAUAGGAGCAUUAUGUGAAUAAUGUGAUAUUUAUAAUAUUAGAGGAGAUGGUGCAUAUUCUAUAAGUUAAAAAUUUAAAUGUGGUUCAUGUGAUGAUACAAAAUCAAAUACUUUAAUCAUAAUUGGUAUAUCAUUAUGGUAUUUAUAAUCAUUUAUUAUUAAAAAGGACUCUCAUUUCUAUUUCAAUUUCUGUGAAAAGUACUGUAGAAAUCAUUAAAUAAUUAGCUAGAGCAUCUAAAUUAAAAUCNUCUUAUUUUGGAAAUGAUUAUGCAGAGUAUCCAACACAUCUUAUCAUUUAAAUAAAUAAUUACAAUCAAUUCAUAUAUAAAUAAUAUUCUUCUUUAAACACAUAAUAAAAUAAUAUUAAAAUCUUUACUGCUACUUUGUUAAACAAUGAAUAAGAAAUAAAAUAGAUUUUAUUACCAAGUGCAUAACAUCUAUAUUUAUAUUAAUAGUUUGAUUGGGAAAAUAAUAAUUAUAUUAUGAUGAAUUAUACUUUAAGAUUAAUUCCAUAUGAUUAAAGGAAUAACAGAAUAAAAAAUUUAACAUCUAGUAAAUGUACUAUAAAAGGAAGAUUAUAUGAUUAUAAGAAAUUAGAAGAGAGUGAACAAAAACCAUUUAGUAAUAAUUUCACAAAUUUAAAUGAAGUUGUUUAUGAUAAUUCUAUGGAAGAAUACAAUUUUGAUCAUUUGAUUAUAUAUUUUGAUCCUGAUUUACCUGAAAAUAUAGUUUUAUAAUUUGAAUUUAAAUGUGAUUCAAUUAGAAUACCAAUUUUAAAUGAGAAUUAAUAAAUAGAUACUAUAAUUAAAUAAUCAAAAGAAUAUUAUUUAAGAUUAAAUAUAAAAACAUUACCUUGUUAAAUUGGAGAAUUAAAAAGUGAAGAAGAUUUAUCUUGUCAUCCUUGUGAUUAUACUUAAGAUUAUUAUUCAGUUAAUUUCAAUUCAAAUAAAUGUAAAAUUAGAGAUAAUAUUUAAAUGGAAUAAGUUAAAUCAGCAUAAAUUAAAUUAAGACCAGUAAAUUAUAUAAUUUCAUUUUUUAUUAGAAUUAUUGGAGACCUUAUUUUUAUGCAGAUCUUAUAGAAUAUUGUUAUAAUUUUUAAUUGAAUUGUUUAGGUGGAUGGAAUUAUGGAGAUGUUUCAUGUUCUUUAGGUCAUAUAGGAGCAUUAUGUGAAUAAUGUGAUAUUUAUAAUAUUAGAGGAGAUGGUGCAUAUUCUAUAAGUUAAAAAUAUAAAUGUGGUUCAUGUGAUGAUACAAAAUCAAAUACUUUAAUCAUAAUUGGUAUAUCAUUAUGGUAUUUAUAAUCAUUUAUUAUUAAAAAGGACUCUCAUUUCUAUUUCAAUUUCUGUGAAAAGUACUGUAGAAAUCAUUAAAUAAUUAGCUAGAGCAUCUAAAUUAAAAUCGAUAGGAAUUAUGAUAGUAGUCACAAAGAAUAAUGCUGUUAAUUUUAUUAAGAUCCUUACUAAUUAUCUAUAAAUUAUUGCAUCUAUUAGUACUUUCUAAUUAUAAUUACCUUAAAAUAUGGAAUCAACUAUUAAUUCUUUAGGAAAUCCAGUAGAAACAAUGGCAUAUUCUUUAGAUUGUUUUUUAAAAGAUAUGUUUUAAAGUAUUUCCAUUCAUUAUUCAAGAACAAUUUGGUAAUUAAUUAUGCCUUUUAUUUAUAUUCUCCUAUUCUUAUAAUUUUAUGGAGUAGGAGUAAUCUUAAAGUAUGUUGAAUUUAACAGUUGUGUUAUUUCAACAUCAUUAAUCUAUAUGUUCAUAUAUUUCUAACCUAAUAUCAUUGCAGGAUAAAUUGGAUUAUUAUCUUAUAGAACAAUCUCAGGAUUUAAAUGGAUAUUAGGUAAUGUAGCAAAUAGAUAUGAUACAAAUGAUCAUAUCAAAUGGUUACUAUCAUUUUGUUUACCUGUAUUAUUUACUUUUGGUAUUUUAAUACCUGGAUUACUAUUUAAUAGACUUUAUAAAAUUAGAUAGACUUUAAAAGAUAAGAAUAACAGAUUGAUUUGGGGUUAUUUAUAUAAUGAAUACAAAGAAAGUGCUUAUUAUUGGGAGAUUGUAAAAAUAAUAUAAAAAGAAUUAAUAAUAAUAUUUCUUACAUUUUAUUAAGAUUAAAUAAUAGUAAAAGCAGUUUUAGUUUAUGGGAUUAUCUUUAUUUAUAAUUAUUUAACUUUAUAUAUGUAUCCAUAUCAAUCUAUGUAACAUAAUAUUUUAGAUCAUUAAUCAACUAGAGUUUGUGGUUUUUCAAUUGUUUUAGCAAUUGGAAUUUAUGGAUCAUUAUAAAGUGGAAUUAUUGAAGUUUAAAUUCCAUUUUAUAUUAUUAUGACUAUCAUUAACUUUUUAUUUUUGAUUAAAUUAAUCUUAUAAAUAAUAAAAGCAUAUUUUUAAUAAUUUGAAGUAUUAAUUGAUAACAUUAGAGAUUUUAUUAGAAUUAGAAUUCCAUCACUUUUAAAUUAUCCAUUUUUCUAAAAAAUAUUAAAAAAUUAAUAAUAAACUAGAUUAAAAGCUUAAAAGAAUUUUAGAAAAAUUAAAUUAUCUGUUAUAUUAUUAUCAAGAUAAAUUAUAUUAAAUAAAAAAAUUAAUAAUACUUAAGAAAGAAAAGGAACUUUUAUUUUGGAUUCAAAAAUAUCAUUAGUAGAAACAAAUUAAAAUCAAUAAAAAUCUUCUUUAGAAGAAAUAAAUAAAAACUUUUUAGUAAUCGGAUAAAAUUAAAAGUGA